UUUUCCAUAAUUAUGAAUAAUGGCGCAUAACGUAUUAAAGAAGAGAUUAAGACAAAAAUUGAAAACAAAGAUAAAAAAUGUGACGUGCUUAUACCAUAAUGCCAACGUACCAAUUUUACAAUCAAGUUCAUGAGGUGAUGAUUAUCAAAUAUAAUAUGUCAGUACCUAUUACAGUAUGAUUAACUCUAUCAUAAAUGUGAUCAAACAAUUUGAUAAUAAACAUUCAAAACCGGACAAAGUUUUUUCUUUUCUACCAUAGCUACCUGGUCCAUCUCUGGAUUUGGCAUUGCAAGGAUCAAUAUAUUUCAUUCUGAAUCCGCCAUUGGAAAACUGAGUCUACAUACGAUUCCAGCUCCACUUGCAUCCAUGAUGGAGCAACCAUCAGUAGGAUCAAGCCUAACCCCACGGCCGCCAUUACCACCAUUUGUAUCGUCUCUGCAUCCUCUUGUACGAUCAGAAUUCUCUGCACCUCCAUUCCAGAAAGCCACCUGUCUGCCACUUCUUAUACCCUAUACACCUAUUUUCCUCAUUUCCUUUGUUGGUAGAUGAUGGAAGAUUUUUCCUACGCGCUUUUACCUCUCUGUUUCGUACUUCUUUAUUUUGCAUUAACUGCGUAAGCUUCCCGAUAAUUCUUUCGAAGCAGUAUAUAUAUCACAGGGAUCUUAAGGAAAAGGCAAGUUAAAAAGGGUCUAAACCCGUGCGUCCAAGUCAACAGCCUGACUAUAUAUGUAACCAUUUGUGAAGCACUUGCGACCACAAGAAAACAUAACCGCCUCUACUGUAGUCUAAGGAAUUCAAACCCCAUGUCACUUUCCUGUGCAAAAAACUUCUUCCAGAGGUUCUGGGUCGAUGAGUUCCAAAUGGGAAGUUUUGCACAUAGCAGCUUUCUGUCUAGUGAUCUGCUGCCAUCCCUGGGAGCCCGAAUCAACCAAGAAACUAGACUUCGAAGAUACAUAGUCUCCCCUUUCAACCCCUGGUAUAGGGCUUGGGAGAUGUUACUGAUUAUCCUGGUCAUCUACUCAGCCUGGAUUUGCCCCUUUGAGUUUGCCUUUCUUCCUUACAAGCAAGAUGCACUAUUUAUCAUCGACAACACUGUCAAUGGCUUCUUUGCCGUUGACAUCGUCCUGACAUUUUUUGUUGCAUAUCUUGAUAGCCACUCCUACCUUCUUGUUGACGAUCACAAGAAAAUUGCAGCGAGGUACCUAUCCUCCUGGUUCAUUUUCGAUGUCUGCUCAACGGCACCAUUUCAGUCCAUCAGCCUACUCUUCACGAAACAUAGCGGUGAGCUUGGCUUUAAACUGCUUAACAUGCUUCGGUUAUGGCGUCUGAGACGUGUCAGCUCUCUGUUUGCAAGGCUUGAGAAAGACAUCCGCUUCAAUUAUUUCUGGACUAGGUGCACAAAGCUCAUUUCUGUAACUUUGUUUGCAGUGCAUUGCGCCGGAUGCUUUAAUUAUCUGCUUGCAGAUAGAUACCCUGAUUCUAAAAGGACAUGGAUUGGUGCGGUGUACCCAAAUUAUAAGGAACUGAGUCUCUGGGACAGAUAUGUGACUUCAAUAUAUUGGUCCAUUGUCACACUCACAACUACUGGCUACGGAGACUUGCAUGCUGAAAACACAGGAGAGAUGCUCUUUGAUAUCUUCUACAUGCUGUUCAACUUGGGAUUAACGUCAUAUAUCAUUGGAAACAUGACAAACCUUGUAGUCCACUGGACCAGCCGCACCAGAAAUUUUAGAGACACAGUAAGAGCAGCUUCAGAGUUUGCUUCAAGAAACCAUUUGCCCCAUCACAUACAAGAUCAAAUGUUGUCGCACUUGUGUUUGAGAUUUAAAACAGAAGGAUUGAAGCAACAAGAAGCACUAAAUGGUCUGCCUAAGGCCAUUAGUUCAAGCAUUUCACACCAUCUAUUUUUUCCCAUACUGCAGAAAGUCUACCUCUUCCAAGGAGUUUCUCAUGACCUUCUUUUCCAACUGGUUUCAGAAAUAGAAGCAGAAUAUUUCCCACCCAAGGAAGAAGUGAUCCUGCAAAACGAGUCUCCAACAGACCUUUAUGUACUCGUUUCAGGGGCAGUGAAUAUUAUUCGCUACAUUGACGGACAAGAUCAAGUUAUCGGUAAGGCAACUGCAGGAGAUGCAUUUGGUGAGAUUGGGGUUUUAUACUACAGACCUCAGCCUUUCACAGUUCGGACGCAGGAGCUUUCUCAAAUAUUAAGACUUAGCAGAACUUCCUUAAUGAAUGCCAUUCAAGCAACAAAAGAAGAUGCACAGAUUAUAAUGAACAAUCUUUUCAUGAAACUUAGGGCACAAGACAUGGGCUCUGAAUAUUUCCAUGAAAUGCUUGAUGGAAGAAGAAUAGGAGGCUGUAGGAAAAAUUCAAAUGGAAAUUCCAUAAUGAAUGAAGGAGAAUACAAAGAUGUUACAGUCUCGGAGAACACUAUUCGUGAUGCUGCAGAGGACAGUCAAGGAGAUAUGGUUGAAAUUUUGCUCCAAAGAGACGCAAAUGCAAAGAGUUCGAUUUCCCAACCACGGACUCCAAAAUUUCCAAUAGAACAGCAAGAAAACCAGAGCGUUUCUGACCUCUUAAUGAGUGGUGAAAAUAGGAGAAAAUCAGAUGAAUAUAGAAUAGAUUUGGUCACUAGGAAUGAUCCAACCAGAAGCAGAAGACAUGAUGGUCGCAGGCCUAUCGACUUCCCAGUAGAAAAAGUAUACCCAAACUCUUAUUCAGGAAAUACCAAUGCCCCAGGUGAUAUAGAAGUGGCAAAAAGCAUCAAAAAGAGAGUUACCAUCCACUUGAUCUGUGAAUACUGUAACACUUCUCAGGGGCAUGGGAAAUUGAUACUUUUACCUCAUUCAUUAGAAGAGCUGCUCAGGGUUGCUGGUCAAAAAUUUGAAGGUUCCAAACCUACAAACGUUGUUACCUCAGAAAAUGCAGAGAUAGAUGACAUAAGCAUCAUUCAAGAUGGUGAUCAUCUCUUUCUUCUUUGCAGUGAUAGAGAACAUUUGAGUUCAUGAUGUUACCAACAGAGUUCAAAAUGCAGAUAUGAAAAUAGCAUGUGACCGCUAGGAAGGUAAUGGUAUAGUGAAAAGUUAACAACAAGACCAUGUAACCAGGCAAAAUAUCAAUAAAGCAAAGAGCUCAGCUACAAAGCCUUCUCAUUUUUAUUGCUAAAGCAAAAAGUUUUAAAAUUUUGCCGUUUUUUAGGGGUUUGCAUGUCCAAGCAAAAUAAAUUGCUUAAUCAAAAUGACAGAAGCGGAGAUGAAAUUACUGAUGCAUCGCAUGAUUCAAAAAUUUAAUGCAUUACAAGUAUCUUAUUGUGCUGCUGCCGUCUGGAAUUGUUAAAACUGUCUAUUAUAGUAACCAGCCGUACAACAAUUGCAAGAGUCUUAAUGUCAUACAAA